AUGAUGGAAGUAGAAACAGAUAUCCUAAGGGGACAGUUUGAACUGCUGCCAACCAAAAGGAAAAACUCUGUGAUUCUUUCAAAGACAUCUCUCUCCUACGGUGGAGGCAGGGAUGGUUGCUGCGUUUGUCUGGGGCAGCAUGGCUCUCUGUCAAUAGUGACAACGAAAGUGGUUGAUAUUUACGGCGCGAAGGCGUACCAAGGGCCUGAAGGCGAUACUGCUGCUUACUUUCAAGUGUAUUCUUGUCCUAGGUAUGAAAAGAAACGAGUACGACAAAAAGUCUGUUUUAGGGUGUCUUCCUCUGAUAGCGAAGAGGGUAACAUUGCGAUAGCGGAACAAUGGGUUCGAACUAUUUUAUGGUUAAUCAAAGAUCCAGAGAGGAAUUUGAGCUGCGAACAAGGUAAGACGACUCAGGAGAUCUGUCACAUGAAAGGGGGAAAGAUUUUUCCGUGCAAGCUUUCAGUUUUUGGUAGAACUUACUUUAGGUUAAUAUAUUUUGCUUCAAGGAAUACGAAGUCACGAGUUGUGUAGAUAUCUCCAAGUCACGAGAUCAAUUGUUUGCUCCUUAUUUGUUUCGAACUUGUCUUCACUAAUAGUAGAACACAACGUAGAGGUGGGCGAUGGAAUAGAGGAAAACGCUCGUUACUGAGAGUUUACUCCUCGCCAACACAGAAGGGAAUAAAAUGCAGUGAGAGGAGAGAAUUAUCGAUUUGUGUUUUCAAACAAGAUGUAAAGAGGAUUACGUAAUUUUAAGCAGUGUAAAGGACAAAAGAUAUUCUGAAUAUUCUCUAUCAUUUGGGAUCUUUAUUAAGAAAUGUAGGCACAGGAGAAUGAUGUGAAGUAGGUGGAGAACAUCCUCCACAUUGCGUCAAAAGGUGCUCUGGUCAUCUGUCUGUCGGCCAAUUAUAAACCUCUUAAGAAUUUUUAGGCUAGAUGCUCAAAACCAGACUUGAAAUUUGAUGGAAUAAUCUGUGUAAAAACUCUCCUUAACCCUUUAACUCCCAAAAAUCUGUUUUUAAUUCUCCUUACUGUCUGUCAUGCAAUUUAUGUAAUGUUAGUUUGGAGAAUUUGAAUUUGGACCAACCAAUAAUGCCCUAAUUGAUAUUUUUCUUUAUUCUCAUUACUUGUCUGCUUCACAUUGUAUUGAUAAUGUAAGGAGAAAUUCUUUCAAGAUCACUAGUGGGACUUAAAGGGUUAAACCUCCUUGGAAGUAACUUGGAUAUAAAGAUUUAAAAUGUCUGAAAGGCCAGCGGGCUCAAAACUGGGCUUAAUUUCCACUGCUCUCUUGUGUCUGAUCUUUGCUCCUUGCUGAGAAGAGUGGGUUUAAGAGGGAGGAGCACAGGCUCAUAUUCCUGAACAGCAGCUGGUAAUUGACCCUAGCUCAAAACCAGACACAAAAAUGUUGGGUAUGAAAACUCUUGUAAUGCAACUGUCAAAUUUUUAGAUUGAGUGUUUUGGAUCAGAUGAAAUCCAUGCAGCUUUUCACUCCUCAGAUUAUUUUAUAGUUAUAUGGAUGUUGUUUUGAUACAUUUUACAGAAGAAAGGACUCUUCCCGCUUCCCGCAAACUUCUGAUACUUAUCAACCCAUUUAGUGGAUCUGGAAAAAGCGUGAGAAUCUUUCAUGAACAUGUGGAGCCAAUGUUGACUGAGGCAGAAUUAGAAUUUAACGCCAUAACAACAGGUAAUUUAUUCUGUUGGCAUACAGUAAACCUAUUCAAUUAAAAAUUGCAUGCUAAUUAUCCCCUUCCACACCAUUCUUGCACGAAGCAACAAAUAAAUAAGACAGUGAAUCUGUUUGGGCAUCUUUAAUGAGGAAACAAGGAGCCCCCAAGGACUCAAGAAAAGGGAGGGUAAAGAAACAUCUGCAAUGUCAGAACGAACGAAAAAAAGUGGUGAUAUGUCAUCCAAAUGUUAGUAAACAGCUGGCCAGGUGCAGCAUGUUGGCCUGGGGCUAAUUUAGUCAUUUCCAUUGGAGUAUGAACCCUGUGGGUGAGCAUCUCCAUGGUACCAGUAUGUUGAGUUAAAUAUCAAUAUCAAUAUCAAUACCUCCAGCUGUAGUCUUUGAAAACUUUUUUCUUUUUGGAAAGUGUAAUUUCCUAGGACAAAUAUCCUGGCACAUUUUUGUUCCAAAAAGAGGCUUUUGUUUAUUUAACUUGUGUAUUUUUGCAAAUUACUUUUCAGAAUAUGCUGGUCAUGCAGGAGAGAUGAUUUUGACAAUGAACCUUCUUGAUGUUGAUGGGAUUGUUAUUUGUUCAGGAGAUGGCUUAGUGUAUGAAGUAUGUUUAUUCAACUAUUCCUUAAUGAUAUCCUGGCUGUCUAAGUACUUCUCAAAAAGUACUCCAUAUUAGAUUCACAACAAAUUUUUAAAUUUAGGUCAUAAAUGGUUUGAUGAAACGUCCUGAUUGGGAAGCUGCAAUAAAUAUUCCCUUGGGAGUCAUACCAACUGGUUCUGGAAAUGCUCUUUGUCUUUCUGCACUAUUUGCCACAGGGUAAGUUAAAAAUGCUAAUUUUUGAGGCUUUUAUUGUUUUUGUGCUUCUCUGCUUGUGGCUCUCUAGGUUUUGUUGUUGCCAGUGGAGAUAAAAUUUGAGCCAAAGAAUCUUAAAAAUAUGUUUGAUUUAGGAAAAAACUCUUGUCAGUGUUCAGUAUAUAUUCUUAAAGGUAAGAAUAAUCAGGUGGCUUAAUUAUUCACCAUGAGGAUUUUUUUAAAAAGUGAAUAUAUAAAUAGUGCCCUUUUUCUUGUUCGAAUGGUGACUACAGUGUAAUAAUAUUGUUGAAUAAACAGAUGCCUGUUUCAGGAAGGGCAAUGUCACUGUACUGAUAAAUAAUUUUUCAUUAUGUUUUUAGGGAGCCAAAUGAUGUGACAAGUGCCAUUUUUGGUAUUAUUCGUGGGAAUCUUAUGGAUUUAGACAUCUGUUCUGUGAUAACACCAACAGAAAAGUUGUAUGCAUUUCUCUCUGUGACUUGGGGAUUAGUUUCUGAUGUUGACAUUGAAUCGGAGAGAUACAGAUUUCUAGGAGAGACAAGAUUUCUUAUCGGCACAGUAGCAAGAAUUAUUGGACUGCGCAAAUACCGAGGUCGCCUUUCAUAUUUGCCCGCCGAUGAUAUAAACGGUGGAGAGGAUAAUUUAGCAUAUAACUUUACCCCAAAGGAAGAUGUUAGCAAUAGUGCAGCAGAAUGUGAUGUAACAUCCCUCUCUCAACACCAGGCGCACAUUCAGGAGAAUUUAAAUGGUGUGUUCAGCAAACGCAUCAGUGGAAAUUUUUCAAGCCUGGGGCCAUCAGAUCAUCUUCUUCCCCCCCUGAGUUCAGAACUGCCUCCAAGCUGGAGGGUUGUGGAAGGAGAGUUUAUCCUUGGAUGUCCUGUGUUUUUGAGUCACCUAGGCACAGACUUGAUGGCAAACCCAGAUGGAAAGUUUGGCGAUGGGUUGAUGGGAAUCUUUUAUGUUAGAUCAACUACUGGCCGAAUGGCUCUUCUGGAUCUGUUUGGCAAAAUGAAGGAUGGAUCACACGUUCUCAGCCAUCAUGUGGAGUAUGUUAGAGCCUAUGCUUUCCGUUUAGAACCAGACACUAGUCAGACUGGAAACUUAGUUGUUGAUGGCGAGAAAAUUGACUAUGUUCCAAUCCAGGGACAAAUUCAUAAGUCUCUUGCCAAGUUGAUGUGCGUAACACCACCACCUAAAAUGUAGGGAUUUUUCAAUUACAUUUAGAAAUUAUCAAAUAGUUACAUUUAUGAAUGUUGAACUUGGUUAUUGAGAUAAUUGAAUUUCACAGUUAAGUAAAACUGUGGGCAGAUUUUAGCUAGGGACUGAUUUAAGAAUUUAAGGGGAAUGAAACUGGGGUCUGGUCAAUUGUCUAUUCCUUUAUAUUUAAGAAUUUUUUAACUUUUAAAAAGGCUGCCUAUGAAUAUGGUGGAACUAAUGACUAUUAUAAUGUUAACAAGACUUUUUACCUUUUAAUUCAACAAAUUUUAUAUUUUUUGAAAAACAUUCAACAUAUUAUUUAUAAUGAUGCAGAGAUUAUCUUCAAGAUGAGCUUUUUAUUUCAAUUUUAUUACUGCACAACCUAUGUAAUUGAAAUUUACCAGAAACAGAUGUGCAAUAAAGUGAGUAAAUGCAUUUGAUAAUUUAUUAAUCAAAGUUAAUUAGGCAUUACAGAUCUGGGAAUUCUUCAUCUACUUUACAGAAUUCUCAGCAUAAAUUUCAAUGGCAUGAGCUAGUUUCUCUUCAGGAAAGGAAAUCAUUGUUUUGUCACUUUACACAAUUCUCCUGCUAAGUACUCCAUUUCUAAAUGGAGGCACGGAAUCAAGUAAAUUUCUUUUUAAAAUAUUAGUUGCCGGUAAGUCAAUAAAAAAUUGCUUGAAUAUGUUUGGUUCUUCAGACACG